AAGAAGGAAAUAAAGCAUACACGUAAAACGUCAGCAAGUAUUCAAGGCCUUAAUCCAACUAUUCAAGCCGAGAGACUGAAAACAGCAAGGAAUUUGUACUAUAGAAGUUACUCAGUGAGUGCAAAUGAGGAUGAGAAGUGUUCAGCAGCAAAAUAUCUGGCAAUCUGUGAGUGGCGAUUAGGAAAAAUUGGCAUCAUGAGAAACGAAAAAACCGAUUCUGUCCUUCAUCAAUUUAAAGAAGCCUUAAAGUAUUAUCAGUAUGCAUAUGUUAAGGGUAGGAGUUCUAAGACUUCAAUGUGGAUGGAAGAUAUCACUUCUAAGUAUGAGGAGUGUUUCAGAGAUUUCGAUGAGUACUUAAACGAAAGAUCCUUUGAGACCAGAAUAAGACACCUAUCACAAAUUGCAGAUUUAAUGUCCAUUUCCAAUAUCCUUGCAACGAUAUAUCUCGAGAUUAUUCAACAUCACUUUCACGAAGGGAUAAACGCAUGGCAAAAAGGAAACGAGUUGAUUUGCCAACAACAUAUGGCACAGUGCCACUUUCCGCUUCAUGAGGCUCGCAAACAUGGACAGUCUUUGAAAGAAGUUCAAAAAGAACUUGAUGUGCUUGAAAACGAUGUUCACAUGCAUUUGAGCAUGACGGAAUCUUUAAAAGCUCGCAAUACAGAUAUCAUUGACUGGUACAGACAGUCAAUUUUACUAGCAAAGGAAUUGGAUGUUGAACAAGAAGCCAUCGCUCUAAGUAGAAUCGGAAGGGUAUAUGCAAAGGUUCUCAAAUUUAAGCCACAAGCAAAAGAGUACUUCAGACGUGCACUGCAGUUGGCUGCAGCAAUGAAACCAAGAGUUUUUGUCCAUUGCGACUGGUACAAUGAAUGCGUUGAAACAAUGAAGAAGUACCAAGAAGAAACAAUCAGCCAUGAACAAGAGGUAAAAGACAAGGAGAGACAAAAGGUAAAGGAAGAAAUGAAAGAUGAACUUUUAGAAAUGGAGAAGAAAAACUCCGGAAUGACCAAUGUCCAGUUUUUAAGAUAUAUUUACGAAAAAUACCCUACUGGAAAUACGAUGAAAGAGGAAGAAAAUUCGGCAAGCAUGAAGAAAGCUCUACUGAAGGCAAUACUCCAUUAUCAUCCCGACAAAGUUAAUACAGAAGAAAAGGGUUUAAAAUGGAAGAUCUUAACAGAAGAAAUAACCAAGUAUCUCAAUGCAAGAUAUGAGCCAUUGAAAUCCACUACUGUGUAA